AUGUCAAGAACCCCUACGAUUCUCCCCCUUAUUGCAAACUCACAGAAGCAUACGGUCAAUCCUGCUGACUCGGCUACCCGAACUCAUACUUCUAUCAUCACCACCAAAGGUUCUACUUUUCAUAUGUCCUCUCAAAAAUCCGCAUGGAUUAUCGACUCGGGUGCUACGGAUCACAUGACAUUUGAUCCUGGCGAACUUAUUAGUCCCAAAUCAUCCACUCCGUCGGUGGUGUCUAAUGCUAAUGGUACCCCCUCCUCUGUGUUUGGGGAGGGCUCUCUAUCUCUCUCUACUUCCUUACAUCUGGAUUCUAAAUUACUUGUUCCAUCUUUGGACCAUAACUUGUUAUCUGUUGCACAACUUACUACUACUAUGGGGUGCGCUGUAACAUUUUGGUCGAAUCAUUGUGUUUUACAAGACAUCCUCACAGGAAAGAUGAUUGGUUGUGGUACUCAGCGGGGCAAACUCUACUACUUGGAUUAG